UUCUUUAUGGUUUCAACGUUGGACUUUCACAUUCAUCCUCGUCGUUUUCGAUCCCUUCUCUCUUCUUCCUCACUCUCAGUCAGAUCGUGCUGAAAUCUCCAAUUUUCCUAGAUUCGAGAAGAUGCUUCCUCUUUCGCUGCUCAAGACUGCUCAAGGUCAUCCCAUGCUUGUAGAGCUGAAGAAUGGGGAGACGUAUAAUGGGCACUUGGUGAAUUGUGAUACAUGGAUGAACAUUCAUCUCCGUGAAGUCAUCUGUACUUCAAAGGAUGGAGACAGGUUUUGGCGAAUGCCUGAAUGCUAUAUCCGUGGCAACACCAUCAAGUACCUCCGUGUUCCAGAUGAGGUGAUUGAUAAAGUACAGGAAGAGAAGACCCGCACAGAUAGAAAACCACCAGGGGUUGGACGAGGAAGAGGAAGAGAAGGUCCAAAGGGAGGCAUGGGACGUGGUAUUGACGAUGGAGCUGCCAGAGGCCGAGGCCGUGGUGGCUCAGUUGGAAAGAUGGGUGGAAACAAAGUUGGAGGUCGAGGCCGUGGUUGAUACAACUUUUAGAUGUCUCUACCGGAUUGAAGCUGUCGUGAACUUAUUACCUCCCAUAUGGCUCUGUGAUUGUUUCUAUUUAUUGUUUAAGGGCUCUUGAGAAUGUUUUUCGAUUCUCUCUAGCUUUUUCUUUAGAGUUGGAAAUAUUUGAAUUUUAUUUGAAUUUUGUGAAUUAUGGAUGAGAAGAAUCACUUGAUUUUAAUAA